UGCUUCCCGCCGCCCCCCCCCCCACGAUCCCGAGAUCCCCGGCGGGGACGCGGACGCGGACGCUGAAGUUUCCCGGGCGCCGCCGCGGGCCGGCAGCAUGACCACCCUCACGCGGCAGGACCUUAACUUCGGACAAGUCGUGGCUGACGUUCUCUGCGAGUUCUUGGAAGUGGCCGUGCACCUCAUUCUCUAUGUCCGGGAAGUUUACCCGAUUGGGAUCUUUCAGAAGAGGAAGAAGUACAAUGUUCCUGUCCAGAUGUCCUGCCAUCCGGAGCUGAAUCAGUACAUUCAAGAUACCCUUCACUGUGUAAAGCCCCUGCUGGAGAAGAAUGAUGUGGAGAAGGUCGUGGUGGUGAUUUUGGACAAAGAGCACCACCCAGUGGAGAGAUUCGUUUUUGAAAUCACUCAGCCUCCCUUGCUUUCUAUCAGCUCAGAUUCUCUGCUGUCCCAUGUGGAGCAGCUCCUUCGGGCCUUCAUCCUGAAGAUCAGUGUCUGUGACGCUGUCCUGGACCACAACCCCCCAGGUUGUACCUUCACUGUCUUGGUCCACACGCGGGAAGCGGCCACACGAAACAUGGAGAAGAUUCAGGUGAUCAAGGACUUCCCCUGGAUCUUGGCAGAUGAGCAAGAUGUGCACAUGCAUGAUCCCCGGCUAAUCCCACUGAAGACCAUGACCUCAGACAUUUUAAAGAUGCAACUGUAUGUGGAGGAGAGGGCUCACAAGAGCAGCUGAAGCAGGCUCCCCCAGCUAACGCAGGACUGGACUUUGGCAGCCGUCAUGGGCCCCUCCUGGCCCAGAACUGCACCCCUGAGAGACUAGGCUGGAGACUGGGUCCCUCUGCCAUCUCUGGUCACAUGCCUACCAGCCUUGGAGUCCCAGGGAGGGCAUGGAGAGAAUAUAAAACCUGUUCUCUGCCAUCCUUAGGGCCUCUGGACAUAAAUGGCCAUUGUACAUGGGACUGUUUUUGUUUCAAUAAAAGACCUGAGGGCAGCA